UCUUAUCAUGAUAAAAAUAUAUAUCAGAUGUUAGCAUUUUCCGAAAGAAUAAGACGUGUUUUAAAAAUGUACAAUUUAAACGAUAAAAUUGUUUUUAUCACUGGUGGGGCGACUGGUAUCGGAGCUAUAGCUGUUAAAUUAUUUCUCGAAGAAGGUGCUAAGCACGUCACCAUAACAGAUGUAAAAGUGACCGCGGGAAAAGAAUUGGAAAAGGAAUUGGAAACAAAAUUCAAAGGACGCGUUAAAUUUGUCAAAUGUGAUGUCAGGAAUGAUGAAGAACUAUUUGAUAUAUAUAAGACAAUCAUUGAUGACCAUGGGUUUAUAGAUGUUGUGAUAAAUAAUGCGGGUAUAAUGAAUGAUAGUCCUGAUGUAUAUAUGACAUCGCUGAAUGUCAAUAUUAAUGCCUUAAUAACAAGUACGCUAAGGGCUAGAGAUCUCAUGCGCACGGACCGUUUAGGCAGAGGCGGGAUAAUUAUGAACAUAUCUUCCAUUGCGGCAUUAAUGCAGAAUCGAUUCCUACCCGUCUACUGUGCAACAAAAAGCGCAGUACUGCAAUUUAGUAUUUGCAUUGGAGCACAGGAAAACUAUGAGAAAACUGGUGUGAAGGUGAUCACCAUGUGUUACGGUGCUACAGACACAAGUAUUUUUAGUAAAGAGAAAAUGAAACCUUUUGCCGAAGAAAUGACGGACGAACUAUAUGACUGCAUUAAACAAUAUCCUCUUCAAAGCGACAGCGAUAAUCUCGACUAUUUCGUAUUCAAGUUCGAUGCAGUUAUCUCAAUAUCCGGAGCGCUUAUAGCGUUACCUUGACAUCUGGCACAAAUUCAUUAAUGAGAUAAAGAAGUAUAAAUACACAAUACUUUUUAUAAGGGUAAACCGUUUAUGGUGAUUCUUUGUUAAUAAAUACAUUUGGUUUUGUAUUUUUUACAAAAGCUGUUGGCUACCAAAAUAAAAUUAAAAUCAAAAAUAGGCAUUGCAAAAUUAAAAAAAAAACAACUUUAUCUAUAUAUGUAAAUAAAUAAAUACUAAAUUUAAAACAAAUUUACGCUGACAAAGCCGAGGGCACAAGUAAUUUAAAAAUAUUAGUUAACACAUUGGUUUAAAAUAAAUGAUUCAUUUUUAGUGCCAAAUCUGCAGCAACGGGUUUGAUAGACGCUUGCAAGCGCGGUGACAGUGGGAGCGUUUGGCUAGUCAAAAA